UCAGAAGCAAACCAGAGUUGCCAGACGAGUUUCUGCCGACGCGGGACGAACUCACUUUCAGAAUCUUCCGACGAAGUUUCUCACAUGACUCAAUCUCAAUUAAUAGAAGUCAUUUACAAUCUCAGAUACAAUCUCAGAUUAAAUAGUGACAAGUGCAGUGCGCAAACGGAAUACGUGUUUCUUAAAAAAAUAUGAUUCAUAUGGAAACACUUAAUUCAUCCAAUUGUUUGCAAGAAAAUCAGUCUGAUACUCUCAUUGAGUUGAUAGUGUGAAUAAAAAGUGAAAGUUUAUGAAAAAGAUAAGUGUAUGGUGUGUUAUACAGAAAGUAAAAUAGUUGGAGAACAUAUAUAGAAAUUAAUAAACUACAAAUAUCCAUGGAAUCUCCAAUGACAAUCGAAUGAAAUAGAGAAGCAAAGCAAGAAGUUGCUGCACCUGCCGCAGUGGUUCUCGCGGCGCCACUCACGUGUUGCAUGCGUGCCGUGGUUAUCCAUCAUGGUCGCGGACUAGGAGUAGCUCCGAUUGGUCGGUUUUGUGGUCACGUGGUAUGGUAAUUGGGCUCCGGUGGGCGGGAAGGAGCGAACGAGGUCGUGGAGGAUCGCGAAAGUGGCGGAAGGAGAGGAGAGAAUAAGCAGCUGUCCACCGGGAGUCCUGUGCUCGUUGUGGCCCCGCUCUUUCCAUUUCUUUUCUCUUUUUCUCCCUCUCCUUCUUUCUCUCUUUUCCUCCUUUCGAGAAAACGUCACCCCUUUUCGCAAGAGACGGUGAGGUGUGGACGAUGGACCACAGAACAGUGUCGUGCAGUGUGAGCUUGUGAGAAUGAAUAUUAACACGAAAUGGUGUACCGGAUCGAAGAAUUGAUGCAAGAUAAGAGGGCAAGAUAAGAGGAAAAACCGAGAAGUGCGAUUGUUUAAAAUUCAUUUAGACUAUUGUGCGUGUGUGUUUUUCAAAAGAAAGUAUUCGGGAACAUGAAUUCCUUCCUUUCAUCCGCCGCCGGUGGAUGGAAUCACCAUCAGCAUCAACAGCAAACUGGAAAUCAUCAUCUAACUGCCACUUCCGUCAUGGUCGAUCCGAAGUUUCCUCCCAGCGAGGAAUAUAGUCAAAAUAAUUAUAUAUCGACCGGACCAGAAUUCUUCCCAGGCGGUAGUGGUAGUCAUCAUUUGAGCCAUCCACAAUCUCAACUGCAAUACGGCUACCAUCAGCAUCACCAUCAAGCGGCGUCGACUCCUUACGGGGCUUCUUCCGCGGUACAAUUAAACGGAGGAUACGCGGGAUACGGCGGAUAUUACGGCCCUCAUCAUCCUCAUCAUCAAGUGCACGCCGUUCAUCACGCCAGUUUACAUUCUCAUCAUCACGCGGUCGGCGCUUUAGCGAUGCCGCCGGAAGCUCAACAACCACCGCUCACGUGUCCGUCGUCGAUACAGAGUCAACAACAGCAACAACAACCAUCUGUACCAACAUCAACUAUCCUUGGAUCCACGCCUCUGUCACCAUCUAUAAUGCAGAAUCACGUGCAGCAGCCGGAUGCUCUUCAGCAUCAUCAGCAACAACACGAGAAUAAUGCUUGCAGUCCCGCCGGUUCAGGUCAGCUGCACCGAGAUAAUUCACCUGAUCUUCAAACGCAACAAUCGUUGUCUCAGCAAUCUCAACAUAUACAGAGCGGUCAGCAACAAACACCGCAGCAGCAACAACAUCAUGUCGAAGACAGCUCGGAUGCGGAUGAUGUAGAAGAUGGUCAGAUGGAGGGUUCACCAGGAAUGAUGGAAGAAGAAGAAGAAGACGAAGAAAACAGAGAUCGUACGAUUUAUCCAUGGAUGAAAAAGAUUCAUGUUGCGGGCGUCGCAAAUGGUUCGUACCAACCUGGAAUGGAGCCAAAACGACAGAGAACUGCCUAUACAAGGCACCAGAUACUUGAAUUGGAAAAGGAAUUUCACUACAAUAGGUACCUGACGAGACGACGACGAAUUGAGAUUGCUCAUACUUUGGUCUUGUCGGAAAGACAAAUCAAAAUAUGGUUUCAAAAUCGUCGUAUGAAAUGGAAGAAGGACCACAAGCUGCCGAACACGAAGAACGUACGCAGAAAGAAUGCGAAUGGCCAAGCGCCACCAGCAGCGGCUAAACCGACGAAGACUUCAGCGACACGGGGGAAGUCCGGUACCGGUAACAACAAUAGUCAAAGGAAAAACAAUAACUCGCCUUCCAGUGGUAUGGAGAACAGCCUGGACUCAAAUAUCGGUCAUGAUAUGAGUGAAGUUCAUGGGGUCAACUCCAGUAUUCCCGUUGGCGUAGUUCAUCCAAGCUUUCAAGGUCAUCCUCAUUCUCUGGCUCAUCUCCAAGCACAGCUGAGUCAUCAUCACGUGGGAGGAAUGAUGGACGGUCCGACGGGAGGACCGUUGGGACACAUAAGUUCCGGAAGUAUCAGUCCUCUCGCUCCGGCUACCAGUCCUCCCGGAUUGUCGCAAGUAUCAGCUCCUGUACCGCCAUCGGCGAUAAAAUCCGACUACGGACUCACGGCCCUGUAACAUCCAUUCUGUGAGGUAUAUUCAACGAUUUAACUUUUUCGAUAUAUCAAUCGCUCUUCGUGGAUAAUUCCACCGUUUGACUGGAUAUUUAUUGCAAAUUAGAUAAACGUAGUUUGAGUUAUAAUUGCAGCGUGGACAAAGACAAUAGUCUGCAAAAGGCAGUAUUACUUUUCUUUUACAUACACAAAGAUAGCAAGUGAAGUUUGAAACUGCAAUAUAUUAACUGCAACAAAAAAAUGUUAGAUUCAAAAUUAUUUAGCUUUCUUAAAUCUAUUAUAUGUAAAAGUGUUCUCUGACUUAUAAAAUUCAACUGUGUUUGAGAAAUUUAUUAUAGAAUAAUAAAAGAUAGAAGGGGACAUAAUUCUAUAGUAAAUGAGAUAUUUGGAUGACAAAUAAAGCACUAUUUCAGAUCGUUAAAUAAUAAAUAAUGAAUUAUUUAUUCUUAUAAUUUAUGACUGACAAUGAAUCUACUUACCAAAA